CCGACAAAAUACAACUUGAACGGAACCUAUGCGGCGAAAAAACCCACCGCCAUGGCGUCGUAAACGGGUGGAGGAAGAUACGGUUUUAAUGCUCGGUAGGUGACCGGAGUCGGUCCACUUUGUUUCGCCGGAGACACUAACGGCUGUGUGGACGCCGGGGGAGAAGCUACAAUGAGCUCGGAGCACCAGAGCGACAGCGAGGACGCGGACGAGUCGCAGGACAGGCCCAACGGCGGCGGCGACAAAGAUGACGACCCCGACAUCGACGACUCGGACGCGGAAGAUGAAAUCGCCCCGAGGGUUUCUCCCUCUCCGCCGGGGAGCGGCGGGAUUAGGCCGGAGCGCAGAGCGAGGUCUUCGGCGUCGGAAGAGCGAGAGCCCCGCUGCGAACCGCCCGCAGCGCCGCAGACGGCGAGCGGCGAGGGCUCCUCCGGCGCGGAGGUCCGCAGGGGGAACAGCGUGUUUUCCUGGCUGCAGAGCAGGACUAUACGUCGAGGGUUGUUUGUGGACCCGGCGAGGGAAAACUUCAGGACAAUGACCAGUUUAUACUGCUCGAUGAACCCGGCUUCGGAGUCUGUCAACCUGAGCACGCAGACGCACGGAGCAGUGUUCAACCUGGAGUACUCCCCGGAUGGGUCGGUGCUGACCGUGGCCUGCGAGCAGACUGAAGUCCUGCUGUUUGAUCCCAUCUCGUCCAAACACAUCAAAACCCUGACGGAAGCCCACGAGGACUGCGUCAACAACAUACGGUUCUUGGACAACCGUCUGUUCGCCACCUGCUCCGACGACACCACCAUUGCACUGUGGGAUCUCCGUAAGCUGAAUUCGAAGGUGUGCACGCUGCACGGCCACGCCAGCUGGGUGAAGAACAUCGAGUACGACACCAACACGCGUCUCCUCGUCACGUCCGGCUUCGACGGCAACGUCAUCACGUGGGACACCAACAGGUUUACAGAAGACGGCUGCCCGCACAAAAAGUUCUUCCACACCCGUUACCUGAUGAGGAUGCGGCUGACGCCCGACUGUUCCAAGAUGCUCAUCUCCACGUCCUCGGGGUAUCUGCUCAUCCUCCACGACCUUGACCUCACGCAGUCCCUCGAGGUGGGCAGCUACCGCAUGCUGCGAGCGCGACGGACGCCCCUCAGCUCCGAUGGGGGCACGUCGGCGUCCAGGUCGGCUGGAACUCCUCGCCAGGGAAACGACUCCAGCAAGAUCCACCCUCCUCGAGAAGGUCUUCCUCCGAGAAACAGCCUGGAGGUCUUGACUCCAGAGAUCCCCGGAGAGAGAGACCGGGGGAACUGCAUCACCUCCCUGCAGCUCCACCCGAAGGGCUGGGCCGCGCUCAUCCGCUGCUCCAGCAACAUGGACGACCAGGAGUGGACGUGUGUGUACGAGUUCCAGGACGCCGCGCCCACCCACCCGCUGGUCUCCCCGCGCUGCUCCCUCCGCCUCACCCACUACAUCGAGGAGGCUAACGUCGGCCGGGGCUACAUCAAAGAGUUGUGCUUCAGCCCGGACGGACGGCUCAUCUGCUCCCCCUACGGCUACGGCGUCCGCCUGCUGGCCUUCGACGAGAGCUGCGGCGAGCUGGUCGACUGCAUGCCCGUCCAGACCAGCUGCCUCAGGGAGAUCCGCUCCAUCUACUCGCACAGCGACGUGGUGCUCACGACCAAGUUCUCCCCGACGCACUGCCAGCUGGCCUCGGGCUGCCUCAGCGGCCGCGUCGCCCUUUACCAGCCCAAGUUUUAGCCGCUGGAGAACAGCGCGCCGCAGACCCGGGUGAAGAAGUGCUCAGCGGGGGGGUUCCUGCAGAAAUGUCCCAGAAUGCCGUUCGUACAACCACUUUUCUACGAUUAUAAGAUCCAAGAAUCUAAUAUAUGCAGAGAGCUGCUGCCCAGGAACUCAUCGACAGAGUAACAUGGCCAUCCUGCUAUCGGUUGUUAUUAAUGAUAUCGAAACCGUCAAAGUCAUUUACAAUUUUCAAUUAAUCUGCGUCUUUACAAACCCUGAAAAAGAUGUCCUAGCAUUUGUUUUAAAGUGCUCAAGUGGACCAGCUGGGUGGGAUUUACUGCAUGCAGGCAUUUCAAAUAGUCUGACGUGUGGUUUCACUGGAACGUCGUGGUUUCUCUGGACCCUCUGCCAGACUAUGUACGGAAAACUCCACCUAUCUGGUACCCAAGAAAGGAUGACAAAUAUACAUAUAUAUUAUAUAUAUGUAUAUUAUAUAUAUGUAUAUUUGAAGCACUUCCAAACCCGGGUCUGCCGCUGUGAAAAAGACUGUUUGUGGACGGAGGGGAUGAAACUGACCCUGAAUGAAGAGCGUUUUGGAAGUCCGAAAAAAACAAACUGGCUCUUUUUCAUACUAAAGAUUGAUUUUUGGUCUUUAAAGCAGUAGAAGACUCUGAUUUUAUUUUGAGACUCGACACGUCCAGGUGUCGACGUCUCGGGACAGAAACCGGACCGAUGUCGACCCGACCAACAGGACGAACGAGAAACUGCCGCUUGUCGCCGGCGCGGAUCUCCUCGCGCCGCUCCGCUCAUGCCUUCUUCAUCGGUGCUGCUUCUCUGCUCACACAAUCUGAACUUUGACCCCCGACUUCCAGGACCUCAUCGUGAACGCCUUUACCCGCCCGUUUGUCUUUGUUUUCCGGCCUAUUUUUUCCCCGCCUUCGCGGUCUUUCGUAGUUUCAGGUUUUUAGUGGUUUUAUCGACGCGUUAGCGGCGGCACGUGUUCGCGGUGUUCUUUUUGAUUCUCCACGAUUUCCCUUCUUUUCGCCGACGUUGACGUCCUCGCUACGUUGGAAUCUCUUCUCAUUUCUCUUCACGGUUUGUGUGUUUUUAUUCUAAGCCCGUGAAUGGAAACGUUAUGCCGUCGGGACGAGAGCAAAGUCCAGCUGCUGUCGUCGUCUCGGCUCAUCUCACCUCCACAUGUUCCACAUCCACGAAACGCUAUUGCAACAUUUUCAUACUUUUUGCAAUUGCAUAUUUCUUCCCAUAAAGAAAAGGCUGGCAUUAUUCUGCACGGUAGUCCGUAUCCCGAGACCUCUCUACCUUCUCUGUGCCCCCCUCUGUCUGAAGCCCAUUGAUUCUUACUGGAAAUGUAAAUCUUUAAAAAUGAAAAUAUACGAAGGAAAUGACUCGGCCUUUAAAAAAAAUUUGGACUGAGCUUGCUGGCUCCUGUAGUUCGUAGCACACAUUACUCAAACAGGAGUCGUUGGGGACUACUUUCAGUUGUGGAGUAAUACACAGUUAUGGUUCUUGUGGGUGUUCACGGCAGAAAGAUGGAGCAUAUGGGAUUAAUAUAAAAACUACAAUGACCAUAUCCAAGGAAAUGAACGGAGCUCUGGCUCAAAGGAAUAAGAUAUCCGUAUUUGGUCAAGAAAACAAUAUUAUUGUGUUUUCAUGAGAUUUAUUAACUAUAAAUAACCUGUAGAAUAUUGCCAGCCUCGUCCUUGAAUCCAACAGCUUGCUGACUUCUUGGCCAACGACUUCCAGAAGAGGUUGCCUCAGCACUGUUCGUCUAUCAAGACACAUUGGACUUGAUUUGUUUGUUUUUUGAGUGUUGACCCACAUCAGUGUUUGCUUUUUCCUACCCCCCCCCCCCCCCCCCCCCGCCGUUUCUUUGCAUCACAUCCACUUUCUCAUUCUUAGUGUUGUCAUAAAGGUGACCAAUCAGGUUUAUUUCCCUGCGUUUUCUGUUUCCAGCCAGUGUAGUAUAGCUGCUGUAAGAGCUGAGCACACGCAUGGAUGUCACACCUCACCGUCAACCGGUCGACUGCAGCGUAGAUCCCACGUAACGGACAGAAUAGACACUAGCGUACAUACUACUAUGCAUACAAGCCUUUAUGAAGAUUCACCUUUCUUAUUUAUGCCAGGGUGAUGCUCUGUGUGGAACUGUCGGACGCCAAAAUAUGUUUUGCUUGGUCACGGCGGUGCUUCUCUGUAUGUAAUUGUGAGCUGAGAACAGAAGUUGAACAUCUGCUGUUAUAGAUUUAAUAAAACAAUAAGUAGUCUUUACAUAUGGUAAAAGCUUGAAUUGUAAAAUAGUUUUGGGAAUACUUUGGGAAAUACGCUUAUUCUCUUUCUUGCAGGAAGUUACACGAGCGGAUUGGACUUGACGAUAGCUAACGCUGCCGCUAGCAGCCGGUUAGCUCGACUAGCGGUGAACCAGCGCUGUAAAAAGACGGUAAACGGGGGAAACGCCGAAGAUAUAGUCCGCCUGCCAACACCUCUUACCUCUAUGUCACAUAUAUACAUCGUUAGUUUUAUCCGUAUUUUAAAAAAAACAAAAGUUGCCAUUUUACGGAGGGCAAGACUCAACUGGUUCCUGUCAAUCAAAUGAGAACGAAUAAAUAGUCCGAGAUGCGACCCUGUAAACGGCGAUUCGGUUUUAUAUUUUAGUUUUUUGUUCGGAUGAAACAAGCGGCUUAUAAUGAGUGACUUGGCGAGCUGAACAUGCGUCGAGAGGGUUUUGUUGCCGUUAAACAGAGCUAAGCUAGCCGGCUGCUAGCUGUACUGAGCUCAAGUCAUAUUAACCGCUGGUGUCCAUCUUCUCGUCAGAACGGGUAAGAUGGUAAAAAAAUACAUGAUUUAUCUCAGAAAUUCAUUUCCAUUUGAAGUAUUAAAAAAAUGAAAAUUCCUAUCCAUAAUUCUCAGCUCGCAACGCGUCCCGUUCGUAAUGAGGAGCGACGCGUUUAACACUUUGUACCUCCGUUUAACUGCUGUUAAAAUGUGUGCAUAUCAGUUCAUUUAACUUUCAGUUUCUUCCCACCCACUGGAACAACUAAUGUCCCAAGUUACAGACGUUAAGAAAUGCUCUUGAAUUAUUUAAAAGUACAUUUAUGGCAUUUAUAUUUUUAAAUUGGCCGAGCUGAAGGUUAAAGGGCCGUCCCAUGCUGAAUCAAUGCUGCUUUUAUUUCACUAAAAAUCACAAGCUCUUUGGAGAGAAGUGUCUUAUCUGCCAUUUUCACUUCAGGUAUAGCAACUAAAAGCCGGAUUUAUUUUUAAUGCCAUUUGUCUUUUUUUGGGGGGGGGGUUCAGUCUUCAGUCUUCAGUCUUCUUCUGGUUUUUAACCUGUAUUCUGUUGUGUGGAUUAACUGAAUGUCGUCAGUACUUCUGGUGUUACCUGUGGACUAAACCCAGCUGGAGGAGUGGUGGAGAGACAGAAACUUGCUCGCACCGUUGUUCCCCUAAAAUGGCGAAACGCAUCAAGGGACCCCGACAAUGACAGUAAAAUGGUACUUAUUGUCCCUGAAAUAAAAAGGUUAGCUUCUUUUGCACUGCU